AUGCACGCCACCGGCCACACGGACCGCUCGGGCGGCGGCGGCGGCGGCGGUGGCUCCUGGCGCCUUCCGCCCGACGAGACGCUGCAGGUCGCCGACCCCAAGUCCGCCAAAGAGGAGGACCUCUACCCGGGAGACGGCCACAACUGGAGAAGUAUCAUAUUCUCUUUGAUGGUCAUCAGUUUUGUAAUAGCGGGAAUUGUCACAGCAAUUUAUUUACUAGGGUAUGUGGACGAAUUAUUGUACUGGUCGGGUCGUCGCAUGCGCCUCGACGAGUUUUUACGCGGCGACCUAACCGGGGAGCGGCUGCCCACCACGUGGGUGAGCUCCCAUCAGCUCGUGUACCAGGCGGACGACGGCAGCCUGCUCGCGCUAAACACCUUCAACAACUCCCUCACUGUACUCGUCACCAAUCACACGCUAAGACAAUUAAAUGUGCGCGGAUACCAGUGCUCUCCAAAUCUGCAACACGUUCUUUUCCAACACAAUAUCAAAGAGGUUUACAGGCGGACUUUUACAGCGUACUAUACAGUUUAUGACGUCACAAAUGACCACCACAUCCCGCUGUUCGGCGAGGGGCAGAGUAGCUGGGAGUGGCAGCACGCGGCGUGGCUGGGCACAGAUGGCGCGCUACUGCUGGCCGCCGACAGCGAGGUGCUGGCACGACCCGGCCCUCCCGCGCGCCGUUCGCCCAUUCUGCGCCUCACCACCGACGCUUACACCGGCAGCGUCUACAAUGGUGUCUCAGACUGGCUCUAUCAAGAGGAGGUGACAAAAACAGCAUCUGCUACCUGGGGAUCGUCAGACGGCACGCUGGUCAUGUACGUGCAGUACAACGAUACGAUGGUGCCGGAGCUGCAGUUCCCAAGGAUAUCGGAGGGCAUCGGCGGCGCCGGCGCUACCAGGUCCGGCUUCCUCUUGCCUGCUCUCAAUAACAGCAUACACGCAGUCUUCCCCGACCACAUGACGGUUAGAUAUCCCACGCCCGGUAGCUCAAUACCAAAAGUUAAGUUAUGGAUAGUUGCAGUACAAAAUACAACGUCGCCACCAAGAUGGGAAGUUAAGCCUCCAAGUACUUUAGAUGGAAUUGAAUAUUAUCUCAUAUCAGCUCAGUGGGUGGGCAAAGAUAAUUCUCACGUGGGUGUAGUGUGGAUGAGCCGCGCACAGAACCUAACAGUGUACAGUAGUUGUUACGCUCCUAAUUGGACGUGUACUGAGACACAUUCAGAAAAAGCAACGGAUGAACCGUGGCUAGAAGUUCAUCAGAAACCAGUCUACUCAGAAGAUGGUAGUGCCUUUUUACUAUUAGCAGCCGUUCAAGAAGGCGGGGGCCAAUAUUACACGCAUAUCAAACAUAUUGACGUUCUGCGUCAGAGGAUAGCAGUACUUUCACACGGAAAAGUGGAAGUCGCCGAAAUACUUGCGUGGGACCAGAUUAACAACCUGGUUUAUUAUUUAGGUAGUGCUGAUAGGCCUGGGCAGCGUCAGGUGUACGUUGUGCGCGAUCCGGGGUAUGGCGUGGGCAGCAAUUCGGUGAAGGCACGAGCGGAGCGUGAGGAGCCGCGCUGUCUCACGUGCGAGCUGGCCGUGUGGCCCGCACGCCUCCACUACGCUAACUGCUCCUUUUGGAGAGCUACUUUCUCGCCCCCGAAACCUAAAAUUGGCAUCACACAUUACGUCUUAGAGUGUGGUGGUCCAGGUCCGCCGCUGGCAGGCUUACAUAACGCUAAAACUCAUAAGUUAGAAAGAAUAUUAUAUGAUACGAGGCCUUAUAGAUCCGUACGUCUAAGAGAGCUAGCUCUGCCGACGCGGCGGUCCUUCGAUGUGCAGCUUAGUAGUGGCUCAAAAGCCAGAGUGCAACUUCUGUUGCCGCCUUCUUGGCGAGAGGAACUCCGCGAUGCUGCAUUUCCUGUUCUCGUCCAUGUUGACGGUAGACCCGGAAGCCAGCAGGUGACAGACGAGUUCCUGGUGGACUGGGGAUCAUACAUGUCGUCCCGCAACGACGUGGUGUACGUCAAGCUGGACGUCGCAGGCGCCAGAGGACUGCCACGAGCACUGCUGCGUGGCCGCCUCGGAGGGGUCGAAGUUGCUGACCAGUUGGCUGUAAUUAGGUACCUAUUAGAAACAUUUAAAUUUUUGGACGUGACGCGCGUGGCAGUGUGGGGUUGGGGCUACGGCGGCUACGUGACGGCCAUGCUGCUCGGCUCGCAACAAGCCACCCUCAAGUGCGGCAUAGCUGUCUCACCCAUCACCGACUGGCUUUACUAUAAUGCGGCUUUCACGGAGCGCAUCCUAGGUCAGCCGUCAGUUAACUACAAAGGGUACGUGGAGGCGGAUGCGUCGCAGCGCGCGCACCAUGUGCCUGCGCACGCGCUCUACCUCGUGCACGGCAUGGCCGACAUGAGCGCCCCCUACCCACACGCGCUGCAACUUGCGCGAGCGCUCACUGACGCUGGCGUACUCUUUAGAUACCAGGCAUACGCUGAUGAAGGGCACGACCUAAAAGGCGUCAUCGAGCACGUGUACCGUUCAAUGGAAGAUUUCCUUCGGGAGUGUUUAUCUCUCGACCCCGAAGACACAAAGUUGCCUCCGCCGGACAGAUAAAAAUGAAAUUUUCUCCCCGACCUUAACCGGGAGGGGCGCACUGUACCCGGAGUUAUCAGAGUUAUUCAUUGUUAUCAUAUUUAUAUGUAAAUAUGUAUAUAGGAUAUAGUGCUUUAAUUAAAUGUGUUCCAAUUCAUUUUAAACUCGAUUUCGUGGUUGAUUUUGGUGUAUUAAAAUUAAACAUAGUUCGAACAAUGUGUAAAAAGCCUAAUUGUGAUUAGUUAUAGAAAAUCUUAUGAUGUUAUUGAAUUUUAUUUUUUAAUAUUUAAGCACCGGUUAAAAUUAUUGGAGAUUUUAUCUUCCUCGAUGACAUAGAAUAAGAUUAUUUGAAAAUGAUGUUAGUGUUGCAUUUUUAUUGUAUCUUUGUUAAUUUAGUUCAUCGUACUUUGCUUAGCAUCCUUCGCCUUGACUUCACUAUCGCAUCUUUAUCUGGUCUUUUAAUGAGACUUAAUAAGAAAUAAUUGGAUAAAAAUUUUGUGUAUUGAAUUAAAAAAAUAGCAAAAUUUCUCCAAAACUUAGUCAAAUUAGUAAAAUAUAUAAAUGUUUGAAUAUAAUAACGUGUUAAUAUACACAUUGUUAUCACUUUAAAUAAUAGAAUUUCGAGCUUUUUCUCUUAAGCUUUUACUAAUACCCUUUUUUCUACUGCCACUUUUUACAUGUAAAAGCUAAUUCAGAUUUUCUAUGUAUAACUCUAUGAAAGGUUUCACGGGACUGUAAUUAGAAAGCAUUUCCAAUAUUCCUCCUUAACUCUAACAUCAAAACAAACUUAAAAAUUUAUAGUCGGUUUACAUCAAUAAUUAAAACUAGAUUGUGUGAUUACGCAAAGAGCUUACCACUUAGAGAAUCUAACUAGGCACUUUCAGACUAGAUUUUAAUUUAUUAUUUACAGAUUUUCUUCUAAGUAAUCAAUUAAAAACGUUAAAACUUUUAGUAAAUGAUGACACUCGCCCAUUGAAUCUACGAAUAGUCCGGAACUAGUCCGCAUCUGGCAGUCACUUGAGUUAAACUGGUUUUUAUUAAUUACAUAGCAUUGUCAUACAAAUUUAAUUUUGAACCAAUGUUUGUACUUUUUAUUAUAGCGCUGUUUAUCUCAUCUGAUGUACAUAUAGUGUCCGCAUACUGACUAUCAAGAGACCCAUUCGAAAGUAUUAUAGCUAAUUGUAACGUUUAGAUAUGAAGUGUCCUUGAUCAUCCCUUAGCUGCUUAUGCUACCAUCUACAUUCAUUUUAUAUAACGUCAAUAAAAUAAUUAUUUAUUCUAAUUAACUG